AUGGAUCUCGGACUUGGACGUAUAAAAGCCCUUCUAAAUGCCUUGGGCAACCCUCAAGAGAAACUCAAAGUAGUUCAUGUUGCUGGCACAAAUGGCAAAGGAUCUAUUUGUGCAUAUAUUUCAUCGGUUUUACACCAACACGAAAUCAGUGUUGGACGAUUCAAUUCGCCUCAUCUUCUUGAGCCAUGUGACAGCAUUCGAAUAAACGAGGAACCGAUUACGCAAAAUACUUAUGUUAAUGCAUGCAAACAUAUUCAAGCUGUGGACACCGGAGCCGGCACUCAUGCAACAUCGUUUGAAUGUCAAGUGGCGACUGCACUGUGGAUAUUUGAUCAGAUGAAAUUGGAUGUAGUUGUGAUUGAAGUUGGAAUGGGAGGAGAGCUGGAUGCCACCAAUGUAUUCUCUACACCGCUUGUGAGUAUCUUGACACCUAUAGGGUGGGAUCACGCCGGCAUGUUGGGUGGCUCAAUCGAGUCAAUUACAAAAGCAAAGGCUGGAAUCAUAAAACCCGGUUGUCCUGUGGUCAUCUCUCCACAAGAUGAUCCUAUUGUGCUUGAUAUUCUAGUGUCUUGCGCUCAAAACCUAGAAUCACCUUGUGUAUGUGUACAGUCGGCCGAAUGCAUUUCACAAACCAACCAUGGCAUGAUGUGCCGCCUAGACUAUGUGGCCGAAAAUACACUCACUCACGAAUCCUGGAAUGUUAACCAUGAAUAUCCUAUACCACUCAAUGGUGAUUACCAGCGCUCGAACUCUGCUACAGCUGUCACUGUCUUGGACUGGCUUAGUCGCCUUGAUACUUUGCCAAAUUUCAAACUUGAUUUUGACAAGCUUAAGCUUGGUAUGCAGAAGACAACUUGGCCUGGUCGUCUUGAUUGGAUUACUCCCGAAACACACCCAAAGCUCAAAAGAUCAGAUUGGGAUAUUCCCUCAGUUUUGGUUGAUGGGGCCCACAAUCCACCAGCAACAAAUGCUUUGCGUAUCCAUGUCGAUAGUCUCUGUAGCAAAUAUCAUCUCUCGCGUGUGAUUUGGAUAUUGGGUGCUACCAUGGGCAAAGAUAUCGAAGUGAUGCUCAAAACUCUUGUUCAACCCAACGACAUUGUGUAUUCUGUGCCAUUUUCACAGCCAAGUGGAAUGCCAUGGAUAAACUGCGUGAACCCAAUGGAUAUUUCAGAUUGCGCAAAAACCCUUGCUGCAGAGAGCCAAGGAUUUCAGUCACUCCAUGAUGCUCUUGUCAAAGCAUCUUCUGUUUUACGUCACGGUCGUGAUUUGGUGGUGCUGUGUGGGUCCCUAUAUCUUGUUGCCGACUUUUAUCGUUUGCUGGAUUGA